AUGAUCUCUGACGAGGAAGAAGUUCGGACUUUGAUGACCGACGCUCACGAACACAGGCACACUUGCGCGACCCUGUACCAGUACCAUAAAUUGUUGCAUUCACACGGCGCGGCCAGGCCUUGGUAUUAUUCCCCACAUCCAAAUAAUUGCAUUUUCAUAUGGUACCCAUACAUUGCCAAUUUCGUAGGAGUUGCAUUGGAGCUUUCUGCCUACUUUUCUUUCUUCCAGGACCCAGUGCACAUCUGCGCGUCGAGCCACCUGGGUGUACCCUCGUCAACUCUCUCAGAAGUUUUGGCGCUUCACAGGGAUAAGUCCGACCCGUUUCACAGGUCUGUCUGGGUGGCUUGCGUGAUAGGUCUCUCCUCAUUCCUCUGCUUCGUGUUUGGCCCUUUGAAAGACAUUGCCAACAUCAGCGAUCGGUAUUUCCGCUGGCUGGUAGAAGACGCGUGGAACCAUGGGGUUAAUUUGUACGACGUUACAUUUGACAAUUUUUUAAUUAUGUCUGGUGUGCGCACAUGA